AUGUCUGCCCCUAUCCAUCUAUCUAUCUAUCUAUCUAUCUAUCUAUCUAUCUAUCUAUCUAUCUAUCUAUCUAUAUAUAUAUAUAUAUAUAUAUAUAUAUACCUACAUAUACUUUAUCAUAUCUAUCUAUCUAUCUAUCUAUCUAUCUAUCUAUCUAUCUAUCUAUCUAUUAUUAUUAUUAUUAUUAUUAUUAUUAUUAUUAUUAUUAUUAUACCAUUUCAUUUUUUCUUAGCACCGUCCUCACAAUCACAGAGUCAAAAUCAUAAUAUACUUUUAAAAUACCCAAUAUUUUUUCCGUAUUUCAUUCGGGGAUUUUUUCUUUUUCUCUUUUAUACCUUUGCUUUUUCUUUCUUUCUUUCUUUCUUUCUUUUCUUUCUUUUCUUUCUUGAAUCGACCUUAUUUGUUCCUUCCUUUCUUUCAUUCCUUUUUAAACCUUUGAUUUUCUUUCUUUCUUUUUUACUUCCCUUUCUUUCUUUUUUCUUUCUUUCUUUCUUUCUAUCACCAUAUUUUCUUUCUUUCUUCGUUUCUUUCUUUCUUUCUUUCUUUCUUUCUUUCUUUCUAUCACCAUAUUUUCUUUCUUUCUUCGUUUCUUUCUUUCUUUCUUUCUAUCACCAUAUUUUCUUUCUUUCUUUCUUUCUUUCUUUCUUCGUUUCUUUCUUUCUUUCUUACUUUCUUUUGACUACAGAUUUCUUUCUUUCUAUCACCAUAUUUCCUUUCUUUCUUUCUUCGUUUCUUUCGUUCUUUCUAUCACCAUAUUUUCUUUUUUCUUUCUUUCUUUCUUUCUUUCUAUCACCAUAUUUUCUUUCUUUCUUUCUUUCUUUCUUUCUUUCUUUUGACUACAGCUUUCUUUCUUUCUUUCUUUCUUUCUAUCACCAUAUUUUCUUUCUUUCCUCGUUUCUUUCUUUCUUUCUAUCACCAUAUUUUCUUUCUUUCUUCGUUUCUUUCUUUCUUUCUUUUGACUACAGCUUUCUUUCUUUCUUUCUAUCACCAUAUUUUCUUUCUUUCUUCGUUUCUUUCUUUCUUUCUUUCUUUCUUUCUAUCACCAUAUUUUCUUUCUUUUCUUUCUUUCUUUCUUUCUUCGUUUCUUUCUUUCUUUCUUACUUUCUUUUGACUACAGCUUUCUUUCUUUCUAUCACCAUAUUUCCUUUCUUUCUUCGUUUCUUUCGUUCUUUCUAUCACCAUAUUUUCUUUCUUUCCUUCUUUCUUUCUUUCUAUCACCAUAUUUUCUUUCUUUCUUUCUUUCUUUCUUUCUUUCUUUCUUUUGACUACAGCUUUCUUUCUUUCUUUCUAUCACCAUAUUUUCUUUCUUUCCUCGUUUCUUUCUUUCUUUCUUUCUAUCACCAUAUUUUCUUUCUUUCUUCGUUUCUUUCUUUCUUUCCUUUGACUACAGCUUUCUUUCUUUCUUUCUAUCACCAUAUUUUCUUUAUUUCUUCGUUUCUUUCUUUCUUUCUAUCACCAUAUUUUCUUUCUUUCUUUCUUUCUUUCUUACUUCGUUUCUUUCUUUCUUUCCUUCUUUCUUUCUUUCUUUCUUUUUUUGACUACAGCUUUCUUUCUUUCUUUCUUUCUUUCUUUCUUUCUUCCCUUAUAAUUUUCUUUUUCCUUUCUCCCGCAUCUUUGUUUGUUUGUUUCUUUCUUUCUUUGGAAGCCUUGUUACUCGCAGCGAUAGAGAUCCUCAAACACUGUCUUUUCGUAUCUAUCUAUCUAUCUAUCUAUCUUAGCCGAGUGAUUUCGUGCCUAGCUAUAUAUCUCACUCUGUUCAUAGCAAACUCUGUCUAUUCGUAUCUAUCUAUCUAUCUAUCUAUUCAUCUAUCUAUCUAUCUAUCUAUCUAUCUAUCUAUCUAUCUUUCUUUCUUUCUUAACAUAUUAAUAUCGAUAACUGUCUAUAAAUAUCUAGCUAUCUAUAAACUUGAUGGUGCUAUCUAUCUAUCUAUCUAUCUAUCUAUCUAUCUAUCUAUCUAUCUAUCUUAA